AGACGGGGUUUCACUGUGUUAGCCAGGAUGGUCUGGAUCCCUGACCUUGUGAUCCGCCCGCCUCGGCCUCCCAAAGUGCUGGGAUUACAGGCAUGAGCCACCGCGCCCGGCCUCAUGUAUUUCAAAAACAGGCUUCACGCUCACUACCGACACUGACUUUCUGUUCCUCGGGGUCUUUGGGAAGCUACUUGGGGCUUGGCUGGAUUGAAACAUAAAGAACAGAAAGUGUCCAAAAUGGAGUUUCCUAGAACUUUGGGAAAACAGAGCAGGGGUUGUCAGCAGCACCCUGGCCUUAUCUCUGAAGUGUGCACGGGUGCUGGCGGACCUGUGGGAGACCAGCCCCAUGGACUCCCCCCUCUCGUCACUGUCUUCCUCUCCAGCCAGCACGCUCAUCAUCCAGGGCUGUGGCCCCAGCCCCAUUUUAGAGAGUGCCCCUCAGUGUGGGAGCUUGCACGGCAGUGCAGGAGGAAAUGGGCCCCUGGGACUCGGGGAUGCAGGGCAGGGAGACUGCAGAGGAUCCUGGGGAGGACCCACCACUCCUGGCAGAAUUUAUCCAGGCAGGUCUGUUCCCAGAAGCCCCCAGUCUCAGGCGGUAAGGACUCAACUCUUAGCCAGGAAAUGGGAUGGGAGCCUGGCACCUGUGAGUACCCCCCAGGAGUGGGGCUCCAAGAGUGCUGGGGGCUCGGGGAGGCUGCAUGGGGCCACCCUCCUCUCCUAGGGCCACCCUCUCCAGGCACUGACCCCUGGAAACAAGGAGUGGGAGAGGGCACCCCACCCCACUGCGUCGCGGCUCUGCCAGGGAAUGUGCUCGCCCUGGCGCCCUGGUCGGGGACCCUAGGCACGUGUACGGGCCGCCACCCAGUGUGUGCUCCUGGCCCCCAGCCACCCACCUCAAGCUCCAGGUGGCCCCAACUGGCCAGAGCUGUUGCAAGAUGCUGGUCCCACCUGCUCACAGCACCUGUAGCAGAAUUUUAUCUGCCCCUGGAAGUGUCUCGAGCAGUCCUGGACUGGGCUGGGUACGGGAGGGGCUGCCGCCCAACAGUUUCCCUUAGGGCAGCAGCUGAGGUCACUGGCACACGGCAGGGGGCAGCUGGUGCCCUCAGGUCCGUGGGUGGAGAGGGUGGGGUGGGAUGGAGGCACGGCUGUAUGCGUGGCCACAGGACACGCCAGGGGGGCGCGUGGGGCGUGUGGGAGUGGUUUGGGGUUUGGGGAAGAGGCUCUGAAGAACGUCUGGCGUGCCAUGGUCCUGUCUUGACGGUGGCUGGCGGGAGGACAGCUUGGCAGGCUGCAUCUCUGGCCAGUGAUCUGUGAGCUUGUAGAGGUGGCAGCUGGGCAGGGGGCAGAGACAGGGUGGAUCUCCCCAGUCCAGGUGUGGCCCCUGCCCAGACCCUCUGUCCAGACCACCCUCUGCCUGGCAGAAGAGAGGCAGAUGCCCGCAGGUGCAGACUGCAGGUCGGAAUCAUGGGCAUGCGUAUUCAUGGCCACCAAGGGGAAACACAAAAUGCCGCCUGUCCCUGUCCCCACCCCAGAGCUAUGGGUUCCACUUGGUUUGCCAUGUGGUCUUUGGCCACCAGGGCCUGGACAUACGAGCUUCAGAAAGACGGGCCCCUGAAGCAUCGGAGGGGUCCCAGAGCCUCCCUGGGCAGGAGCUGCCUUACUUCAUGUGACCCGGCCAACACCCGCCCAGGGGUCCCUGACAAAGCGCACCCAGGACAUACCCCUCUUUUGUCUCCAGGCCUCAGUUUUCCCAGCCGUCCUGAUUCCAUGGGGCUGACAGCCGUGGGGCUCCACCUGCCUGGUCUCUGGCCAGGUCCUCACGCUCCACCUGCCUGGUCUCUGGCCAGGUCCUCAUGCCAGCUUUGGCACUUGUGCCGGGGGUGGCUUGGGGCAUGGUGGGGGGCUACGCAGGGCAGAUGGCAUUCAUCCUUGGCUCGGGGGCUGACCCAUUCCUGAGAGCUGGGGUGGGAGGGCCUGUCCCACCCUGAGCCUUGUGGUCUGGCCCCUGGAGGCUGCUGGCCAGACUGAUGCAGCCAGCUGGUGAGCAUGCUACUGUCCCUGUGUGUCCCCAAAGAAGGAUCGAGGGAGGUGAGGGAAAAAGAGGAGGCUUUCGCCCACAAAGUAAACUAGUGUCUCCUUCACGCUCCCCACCAGUCCUGACCCCAGGGACCUGAGUAGCCAGGGAAGCUGCCCAUGGAUUCCCUUGCCCUUGCCCCGGGGCUCGGUGCCAGGGAAGCUGCCCAUGGGUCCUCUUGCCCCAGAGCUCAGUGUUCUACAGAGACCACCGGUUCACCCGCACAGCCUUGGACCACACAGCCUUGGAGGGCCUGACUCAAUUUACCCCACAGCACCAUGCCCGUUUCCCGUCCCCUAGAGCCUUUGAUCACCACAGCCAACUGCCCUGCCCACCUGGAAGGGUACUGCGGUGUGGGUGGGGACAAGAUGGAGCCCAGUGGGAGAGAGAGACGAGAAGAGUCCCAGGACGCCUACCUCCGGGGGAGGCAGGUCCCCUUCGUGGGCACGGGCGUGUCCGCUGCCACCACCGCUGUGUGGGUUCAGAGCUGGAGAACCGCAGCCCUGGGAGGAGGAGACGGGCUUCUGCCACUUUAACAGAGAGCCCAAAUCCCAGACUGGUCCUUGUUUCUCUCAAACCCACGAAAGCAAACCUCAGGGAGUUUGCUGGGCCUGUCACUGAGGAGUGCAGGUGGUGCUGGGGCCAGGGCACUGUCUGGAGGAUACACUCGAUCUGUCUCGACUUUCAGAACGAGGUUUCUGUUGUCAGGCUUGGUUCCAGACAGUACCUGGCUGGUGGUGACCCGAUGGCAUCCAUCCUUACGAUGCUCAAAGAAGGAACUUUCACCACCACCAGCAGACAGGUUUGUGCUGUGCUAACUGAACGAUGACCCCUGCCUCCUCUCCGGGAAGCCCUCCUGAGCUCACCAGGCUCCAAAACCGAAGGACAUGGCCCCAGCAUAAUUGAGGCUGCUGAGAUCUCACCAUCUGCCUCUGCUGCACCCCCCCACCUCUGCCCCCAGCCUGUGGUGGGUUCUGCUCCCUUCCCAUAGGGCUAAAGAACAGGGAUUUCAGACCAGGCAUGGUGGCUUACGCCUGUCAUCCCAGCACUUUGGGAGGCCGAGGCGGGUGGAUCAUCUGAGGUCAGGAGUUCGAGACCAGCCUGACCAACAUGGCAAAACCCCGUCU